AUGUCAAAAGAAGACAAGAGAAACAAGUUCUUGAGCGUUUUUCCUAAGUUGGUGGAUGAACUGAAAUCUAUCCUCACUGGGUAUGGUAUGACGGCGGACGCGGUUCAGUGGUACGAGAACUCGCUGAACUACAACACCCCAGGCGGAAAACUCAACAGAGGUCUGUCCGUGGUGGACUCUUACGCAAUCCUGAAGGGCAAGAAGUCUUACGAAGAGCUCUCUGAGGAGGAGUACUUCAAGCUGGCCACCCUGGGCUGGUGUAUUGAGCUUUUGCAGGCUUACUUCUUGGUUGCCGACGAUAUGAUGGACAAGUCUAUCACCAGAAGAGGCCAGCCAUGCUGGUACCGCGUGGAAGAGGUCGGAGAGAUUGCCAUUAACGAUGCCUUCAUGCUGGAGGGUGCUAUCUACUGUCUGCUGAAAAACCACUUCAAGCAGGACUCCUACUACGUGGAGCUGCUGGAGCUAUUCCACGAUGUGACUUUCCAGACCGAGCUAGGCCAGCUGCUUGACCUGAUCACCGCCCCCGAGGACAACGUCGACCUCGACAAGUUUUCCCUGGACAGACACUCCUUCAUCGUGCGUUUCAAGACCGCGUACUACUCCUUCUACCUCCCAGUGGCGUUGGCCAUGCAUGCCGCCGGCAUCAGCGACGCGCGCGACCUGAAGCAGGCCCAGGACGUCUUGAUUCCCCUCGGUGAAUACUUCCAAAUCCAAGACGACUACUUGGACUGCUUUGGCAAGCCCGAGGACAUCGGCAAAAUCGGCACGGACAUCCAAGACAACAAGUGUUCGUGGGUCGUUAACACCGCGCUCAAGCUGUGUUCCCCAGAGCAGAGAAAGGUGCUCGACGAGAACUACGGAAGAAAGGACGCCCAAUGUGAGCAGAAAUGCAGAAAGAUCUUCGAGGACCUCCGCAUUGACGAGCGCUACCAUGAGUACGAGGAGAAAAUCGCCGAGGAUCUAAGAGCCCUCAUCGCCCGCGCUGACGAAUCCCGUGGCUUCAAGCGCGAUGUUUUGACAGCUUUCUUGGGUAAAGUGUACAAGAGACAGAAAUAA